AUGCGUGAGUACCGGGGUGCGGGGGGACCCGGUGCCUCUGAGCCAGCGGAGCGCUUGGAACCCGUGUCGUUCCUUAACCUGGUGGUGAUGAAGCACCGCCGAGUAAAACAGUUUAAGGAACCAAAGGCAGGGAGGUGUCUGUGGAGGAUAUGGUUUUAUGGUACACCCAAGCAAGCAAUAGGCUCCCUCUUCAUCCACUCUGCCAACGUCUUUCUGUCGGAUCUCACUGAAGAGGACCCUUGUUCUCUCUACCUUAUUAACUUCAUCCUUGAUGCCACACUGGGGAUGCUGCUGAUCUGGCUUGGUAUGAAGGUUGUCUCCUGGAUCGUGCAGCAUAAGAAGUACACGUACCUGGUCUUUGGAGAAUAUGGUGACCCCCCCCAAGCUGCUGCCUGGAUUGGCCAGUGUGUCCUCUACCUGCUGAUUAUGGUGUUUGAGAAGACUGUGAUUAGCCUUGUCCUGCUUAUCCCUGGUUGGACAAAGCUUCAGCAGAUCCUCCUGGGUUACAUCCCAAACCCUCAGCUGGAGCUCAUCCUGGUCAUGCUCAUGGUGCCUUUUAUAGUCAAUGCCAUUAUGUUCUGGGUUGUGGACAGCUUGAUCGUGAAGAAAUACAAGCAGAAGGACACCGUAGACAUCAAUGGAUCCAUAGAAACUCCUCAUGCUAGCAGGACUGAGGGAUCUCAGGUUUUACUCUCUCCAGACAUGGAUUUUGAUCAGUCUGAAAGCAACCAGGAUGUCAGUAUGAACCAGAAGAUGAAGCAGCCCAGCUAUCAAGUGGUUCUGACAACACUGAGACAAGGUGGAGGGAAGGAAACAGCACUGUGAUCCUUGA